CAAGCAAGCAAGCACAGUUUAUAAGCAGUCUCGUGGUGAGGAGCUCAUUUGCGCCAGCUUCGGAAAACUUCUUUGCUGAUAAUGCAUGCCACGAUGAAGGCAGCAGUCGCGGCUCUCUUGCUGGCGGCUACGGUGGUGCUGAGUGAGGCCAGGACUACAAAACUGGGUGUAUUGCGUGACGUCGGCGAGUGUCCAACCGUCACCACCAAGCAGGAUUUUGACAUGCUUUCCUACCUGGGUUCCUGGUUUGAGAUCGAGCGUUUUGAUGCGCUGUUCGAGGAAGGCAUGGACUGCGUGCAGAUCGUGUACUCUGACCUUGGUGACGGGGUGUUCCAGACGCACAACUUGGCUCGCACCGUAGAAGGAGAGCUCACAGAAAUACUGGGCACCGUGAUAGUGCUGGAGCCUGGCGUGUUGCUGGUGGAAAGUGACAGCGGCGUCCCCUUCUUGCACUACAUCCUGGACACCGACUACGAAUCCUUCGCUGCCUUGUACAACUGUAAACAAUUUGGAGAGCAGCGCUACCAGUACGCAUGGAUCACCUCCCGCGCCACCACCCUUGACGAGGCGACCCACGACCACGUCCGCAAAGUGUUCCAGGACAAUGGCAUCGACGUAAGCCUCUUCCAGUUCACCUACCAGGGCCCUGACUGCCCCCACACGCCUUAGACACUUGCAUGCGCUUUAUUGUCUUAAGAGUUCAUAAGAAAGUCGUGAAGCAUAUUCGUCUCCUAUAUACAUCAUAACAGCGUUCUCCUAAUGUCACCUAGUAGGAAUAUGCUAAGCCAGCCAUAUUGACCUUGACUUGUAUAGUUCACAAGGCCAUUAGAGAGAUAGUUUUAUUGAGGAAAAAUGGUUUGCAUACAAUGAGCUAAGAAAGUUACUAAAUAAUUGUUUCUAUUAAAGAUAUUACGAUUAUUUUCUUUUACUUUUGUAUAGUGAAGUGAGUGUACAAUUUACCUGAAGAUUCACAUUGUAUGAGUGUUGCUUUAUUGAGAAUCAGAUGGAGGUGUGUGUUGUAUUGGAAGCAUGAAGAUAAGAACAUAAGAACAUAAGAAAGGAGGGAAGCUGUAAGAGGCCGCCAGGCCUAUACGAGGCGGUCCCAGUGUGCUUAAUCUACCUAAUUUCAUCUAUCUUUCCCAUCCAUGAAUUUAUCUAACCUUCUUUUAAAGCUCCCUAUUGACUCAGCCCUGACUACAUGCCCACUGAGACCGUUCCAAUAAAUAUGAACUAAGACACUGGAGAGCGUUCAGAAGAUCUUUAGUGUUGAUAAACUAAGGAGAAAAGACUUUGGGGCCUAAUCCAUGUUCUCAUGUAGUGCCGUUUUUCUUUUUUUUUUCUUUUUCUUUCAUCUGAAACAAACAUUUGCUUUAAAUGGUGUAGAUUUAUAUACCCAAACACAUACAUUGCUACGAAUAUGGAGACGAAGACAUACUGACAAACACAAACCAAGCAGUUUAAAUAACCUAGAUUUAUUGAAAGGAAUUACAUUACAGUGAUCAUGAUGGUGCAACAAGCAUGGCUGCUAAAUACAUGACAAGCCACCAGUCAGGAUGAGAGUUGUAAUGCAACAACAAAAUCCGACUUACCAUCACUGAACUUUAACUUUUUGUCUCUUCACGACGAUGUUUGCCGUGUUUGUGCCUUCUUAUUGCCUUCAGUUACGAAUGAUAUUCCAUUUAGACAGCUACAAUUUUUUAACUUUCCGUUACCCGUGUUAUUUACGUUUUUUCUUUAUGAAUUUGAUUGACUUUUUGCCUUUUGUGUCCCAUCGACUCUCGCCCAACCAGUGCUGCAUUGUCCUUUACGUGUCAUGGUCAGCAAACGUGACCUUUCCCUUGAACAUUCAUGCAAGCUUUUUACCAUGCAUUGCAACCGGAAUGUUUUCUGCAUGUGCCCCCCUCCGAGGACUUAGUCUGGUCCCGGUGUAUGUCGCUGUGUUACCGAUUUUUCUCUUUACGAGGAACACGGACAAACGUGACUUUUUUUUUCCAAGGUCCAAUUGUUAACAGAAGGUUUUUGCAGUGUUUGUAAAGGAAGGACACUAUGCGUGAACACCAGCAGUGAGGUGUGACCAUUGCUCUUUUUGGGGAUGUGAUAACAUUUUUUGUGCAUUAAAUAACUGAAAGUGUAGCAGGCUGGUGGCGUUUGGUGGUAGAAAAUACAUCCGCUGUGUGCUGGCAAGUGAGGGCUGCACGCGGCCUGAUAGGAUAUGUUAUGUUCUUUACUUUUAAACAAAUAGGUCAUUUGUCGUCAAAAGUUA